GCAAUAACUAUUAGCACAAAUGCAUGGAGUGAUGCAGGACAUGCUGUAAAUCAGAUGUAUGACAUGCUUUACAUGAUGGGGCGUGACGAUAUUGCUGUUGGUGUGGGAGGUGAAGGUGGAAUACUUCCCAAUGGCACAAUUAUGCCAAAUGUUGGGGGAUAUAUCCCUAUAAUUGAUCAGGGAGAUGGAACCGCUGGAUAUUGUAGAUAUAGACAAGCUGUACCUAUUGGUCGCGGAGGACGCUUGGACAUCGACUCAAAUUAUGGAUUCCGAAAGAGUUUCCUUCCGCAGGGAAAGAGAAAAUAUUCUCCUCUUCGACAGCCAACUGCUCAGCAAGUAAUGAUCAAAACAAUUUCUUCUGGGCCAACCGUAGUUUUUCUCCUUGGAUCACAUACAAACUUUGCACUAUUUCUGAUAAGCAAUCCUCAUUUAAAGAAAAAUAUUGAGCAUAUUUACAUAAUGGGAGGUGGUGUAAGGUCACAAAAUCUUACUGGGUGUUGCCCAACGAACUCGACCUCCUCAUGUCAAACUACAGAGUGUGGUGACCGUGGCAAUUUAAUCACAGAUUACACAAGCAACCCUUACGCAGAAUUCAAUUUGUUUAUGGAUCCUUUUGCGGCUUACCAGGUGAUUCAUUCUGGUAUUCCAGCUACUCUUGUCCCUUUGGAUGCCACAAACACCAUUCCCGUAACUGAAGAGUUUUUUGAGACCUUUGAGAAGAAUCAGAAUACCUACGAGGCACAGUACUGUUUCAAGUCCCUGAAAAUUGCUCGUGAUACUUGGUUUGAUGACCACUUCUAUACGAGUUACUUUAUGUGGGACUCAUUUAUGUCUGGAAUAGCUGCUUCAAUCAUGAGGAAUCAGCACAACCACCAAGGAGAAAAUGAAUUUGCGGAAAUGGAGUAUAUCAAUAUUACUGUGGUUACUUCAAAUAUGCCAUACGGGAUAUCCGAUGGAUCAAAUCCAUUUUUUGAUGGACGUACAACUCCAAAGUUCAACUUGGAAAUAAAUGGAGUUCAUAGUGGUCACGUUCAGACUCGACUUCGUGAUCCAUUUUGUAUAGUCAAGAAUGGGAGGGGCAAAUGCCAGGAUGGUUAUACGAAAGAAGUCGUUGGGCCAAGAGGAGUACCUGUUCGUGUUGCUGUAAGAGCAAAACCUAAUCAAAAUUCUAAAACUGCACUAGACAGAGAAUUUUUCGUUAGCUUCCUGGAUGUCUUAAACCAAAGAGAAAAUUCUGGAUUAUUCAAUUUUUCUACACAAUUUCCUCAUUACGGCGGAAAACUUCACAAACCAGAUUUCAGGGGCAAGAAACUCGGAAAGAAUGUUGUGUUUGAUAUGGAUAUGAGUGCUGGAGAUUUUAUAGCUCUCAUUUAUAUCCUCAAGUUACCAGUCGAAGAAAUCAAUCUCAAGGUAUGAUGGCCUUCCUUAUCUUCAGUAUAAUAGCUUGAUGAGUUAUUUUACUUGAUGAGCUAGCUUUUGGUGUUGAGUUAGGUCCAAUGUUCCUCUCCUUAACAUAAUAUCAAAGACAGUCCCAUCCCUAUUUUUGCUCUACAUAAUGUUAGGUCUU